AUGGCUCGCGCCGCAUUGGAAAUGGCUUCAGACCGGCCCCAUCACCACCAAGUAGAUCGAUCGGCGAGUCUUAGUGUUACCCCUCAGCCUGCAAGCAAAGCUGACGCCGACAGCAUUUUCGUCGACUUGCUUGAGUUCCAGGCCGCUUGGGCCCAGAAGCAGUAA